CUGAGGGGGGUGGGGUGGGAUUCACAGGGUUCCAUAGGGGAUCUAUAGGUGACCCGUUGUGGGUUCCAUGGGGAAUUCAUUGGGGUCCCAUCGGUGAUUCCAUAGGGGAUCUAUAAGGGAUCCAUAGGGGAUCUAUAAGGGAUCCAUAGGGGCUCCCGGAGGGGAUCUAUAAGGGAUCCAUGGGGAAUCCAUUGGGGUCCCAUUGGUGAUUCCAUAGGGGAUCUGUGAGGGAUCCAUAGGGGAUCUAUAAGGGAUCCAUGGGGGUUUCCAUAGGGGAUCCCACUGGUCCAUCGGGGGUCCCAUAGAUGAUCUAUAGGGGAUCUACAAGGGAUGAUUGCGUAGGGGAUCUAUAAGGGAUCCAUGGGGAAUCCAUUGGGGUCCCAUUGGUGAUUCCAUAGGGGAUCUAUGAGGGAUCCAUGGGGAAUCCAUAGCUGAUCCAUAGGGGGUCCUACUGGUCCAUAGGGGGUCCCAUAGAUGAUCUAUAGGGGAUCUAUAAGGGAUGAUUGCAUAGGGGGAUCUAUAAGGGAUCCAUGGGGAAUCCAUUGGGGUCCCAUUGGUGAUUCCAUAGGGGAUCUAUAAGGGAUCCAUAGGGGUUUCCAUAGGGGAUCCCACUGGUCCAUAGGGGUCCCAUUGAUGAUCUAUAGGGGAUCUAUAAGGGAUCCAUGGGGAAGCCAUAGGGGAUCCAUAGGGGCUCCCAUAGGGGAUCCAUAGGGGAUCUAUGAGGGAUCCAUAGGGGCUCUAUAGGGGCUCCAGAGGCCCUGUCCCCCAGCGGGGGGCGCUGUCCCGUGCGCUGCCCCCGGGGCCGAGGCCACAGCAAGGCCGGGGUCACCUACGGCCGGGGCCGUAUGGAUCCCAUAGGGGACCCUGUCCUGUAGGGGACCCUGCAGGGGAUCCGCCACGGCCCCGGCACACGCCGGCCCCUACACACCCUAUAGAUCCUAUAGGGGAUCCUGGAUCUGGAACAUCCCAAACUCCCCUAAUAGGAAAUCCCCCUAUGGAAAAACUCGAGUCUUCUAUAGGGGAUCCCUAAAUUCCCCUAUAGAAAAUCCCAAAUUCCCCUAUAGAAAAUCAAAAAUCCCCUAUGGAAAAUCAAAAUCCCCCUAUGGAAAAACUCGAGUCUUCUAUAGGGGAUCCCUAAAUUCCCCUAUAGAAAAUCCUGAAUUCCCCUAUGGAAAACCCCAAAUCCCCCUAUGGAAAAUCAAAAAUCCCCCUAUGGAAAAUCUGAAAUUCCUCUAUAGAAAAAUCCCAAAUUCCCCUAUGGGAAUUCUCAAAUCCCCUAUAGAAAAAUCCCAAAUUCCCCUAUGGAAAACCCCAAAUCCCCUAUGGAAAACCCCAAAUCCCCUAUGGAAAAUUCCCCUGUAGAAAACUCCGAAUCCCCUCUGGAAAAUCCUGAAUUCCCCUAUGGAAAACCCCAAAUCCCCUAUAGAAAUUCCCCUAUAGAAAACCCCAAAUGCCUCCGGAGGAAGGCCCGGAUCCGAGCCCAGGUGCGUCGCCCCCUCCCCUCGGAAGAACCCAGCGCCGCCAAGCGCCUCCUGCUGCUCCUCUUGGCCGUGGUGGGCACCCAGAUCUACAACGCGCCCGGCGACGUCUCCGAUGUCACCUCGGGGGGGACAAGGCCACCCCCAAUUCCAGAGGGACCCCAAAUUCCCGCCGGGAGCGCCAACGGGACGACGGCGGUGGCACCCACGGGUGGCUCCUGCCCCUCGUGGUCGGUGUCACCUCCUUGGUCACCUCCUUUGUCACCGCUGUUGUCGCCCCCUGGUGGCGCCAGGACGCGCUGAGGGACCCCCCCUCAACCUUGGGGGCGGCACCCGGGACUGCCAUGCCCUCCUGGAUUAAUUAACGAGGUUGUUAAUUAAUUAAGAAGAGCUCCACGUGUUGGAAGGAACCAAUCGAUGUUGGACGAUCCCAGUUUGGAACUGGGAGGACUGGAAAGGGGCGGAGUCAUGGAUGGAGUGGGGGGUUUCCCAUUCCCUCAUUAAUUAGCUGGUUAAUUAGCCCCUAAUUAAUGACCAGCUCAUUAAUUAGCUCACAAUGAAGGUGGGAACAAGCCCCAGGUUGGAAUUUUGAGGUUGCUCAAUCCCAGUUUGGAACUGGGAGCACUGGAAAGGGGCGUGGUCAGGAUGGCCUCGUUAACAAGGUGUUAAUUAACGAGGUCACCUCUACCUCAGCUUCAGCGCCUGUGGCUGCUGAAUUUAUUCAUUAUUAAUUAUUUAUAUUAUUUAUUAAUAUUUAUUUGUCAUUAUUUAUUUGCUACUAUUUAUUAAUUAUUUAUUGAUUAAUUACCUCUGGAUUAUUUAUUGUAAUUCCAUUUUGGGAUGUAUUUAAUAUUUUAAUUAAUUAAACUCAUCAAUUGAAUUAA